GGUGCGUCAGCGUUAUCGUUUGGUAUUAGUACACUCAGUGAAAUAUUUGUGGCAAGCAAAGUAAAUAUUUACCUGUUUUAACAAUUUAUUUAGACUGGCUAUUUUUGAAGAUAUCCGAAAAAUUUUUGUGUUGGUUGUUUGCUUACUAGGUCUAGUUUCACCCAGGCUUGGCUUAUUAUGUCAAAGCGAACAAGAAAGACUGACGAAGAAAUUCGUAAAGCUGUAAAUGCAGUUGUAAACCAAGAUUUGUCGAUUCGGAGUGCAGCUAAAAACUCCGUCAUUUCAAAGUCUUUAUUAGCUGUCCUUGUAAAAAAAGCGAAAAGUGCGCCUGGCAAUGAACUUGUUUACAACCGCAAUAUUGGAAACAGAAAAACUUUUUCGGCAGGACAGGAACAAUUAUUAGUUUCUUACCUUAAAACAACAUCGAAAAUGUGUCAUGGCUUAACUACCACGCAAACAAGAGAGCUUGCAUACCAGUUUGCAUUGGCGAACAACAUACCUAUCUAUUCCACCAGAAUGGAACAAAAAUUCUAAAGCUGAAAUUCACUGGCUUCAUGGGUUUAUGAAACGCAAUAAGGAUUUGUCGCUCUGUCAGCCAGAAAAUACGUCUCUAAGCAGAGGAUCUAGUUUUAAUAAAUCAAAUGUAGGCACCUUUUUUUCCAAAUUAGAAAGCUUGUACAAGAAAUAUGGGUUUUCAGCCAACAUGAUUUGGAACCUGGAUGAAACCGGUUGUAUGACAGUUACAAAAUCACCAAAAGUUAUAGCAGUAAGGGGUUCCAAACAGGUUGGUCAAAUUACAUCUGCCGAAAGAGGAACGCUUAUCACCACACUUUUUUUAAUAAAAGCUGCCGGCAGAUCACUGCCACCUGUAUUCGUGUUUCCUCGGGUUUAUUUUAAGGACAUUAUGCUUAAAGAUGCACCGACAGGGUCUAAAGGCUCCAAAGCAUUUUGUUAACCAUGUUAAACAUACGAGUGAAGAUAAAGCUUUGAUUAUUAUGGAUAACCACAUUACUCAUGUGAAUAUACAAGUAAUUGAUUUUGCAAGAAAAAAUAAUAUAAUCAUUUUAACACUCCCUCCCCACUGCAGUCACCGUAUGCAACCACUUGAUGUGGCAGUUUACGGCCCUUUUAAGCCAAGGUACAAAGUGGCAUUAAAUAAUUGGCUUCUCUCAAAUCCUGGCAAAACCGUUAGUCUAUACGAAGUUGCAGGAUUUGUUAAUGUUGCAUAUAGUGAAUCUUUUUCAAUAAAGAAUAUUUGUAAAAGCUUUCUGAAAACAAGAAUAUAUCCAUUUGAUUCAUCAAUAUUUACUGAAGACGACUUUCUGGCAUCAUCUGUAACCGACAGGCAAAAUCCUUGCAACAAAGAAAUCCAAGAACAAGACAUUCAAGACAAGAAGUCCAAUGAUUUAUCUGAAGUUGGAGGAUUGGACAUAGUUUCUCAGUCAACUUCUAGCUUGAACACUUCAAAUUCCUGUGAGCAGACCGCCAAGUUUAACAGCACCUGUUUGGAAUUUAUCCCCUCAACUAGCUCUGACCAUUCAAGACCUUGCUGUUCUAAAAGUGUGGAGAACUUAAAUCGAUCAAAUACAUUACAAGAUCGAGCUGAACUAAAUCUAAUUUCACCUGAAGUUCUUAGACCCUAUCCAAAAGCAAUGCCACGGAAAUCGGUCCGAAGUAAAAGAAAAAAAGGAAAAAGUGCUGUUAUAACUGGCACUCCCGAAAAAGAUGAACUUAUGAGAGCAUUUGAGGAAAAGGCGAAGAAACGAAAAACAAAUAGAGGCUCUCAAAAAGCAAAAGUAUCAUCAAAGAAAACUAAAAAGAAUAUAAAGUUACCAAAAGUUGCUAAAAAUGAUUACGAUUCUGAUACUGAUAUAUCCUCGGAAAUAUCACUACACGAUGAGUCUCCGACACCUGCUAACCUAGAAGAAUUUUGUGAAGAAAUGGUGGAAAAGAAUAAAGAUGAUUCAUGUGAUCGAGAAGGUGAAAAGGAAAAUUCGGUUUGUCCAAUCUGUCAAGGUGAAUAUCAAAACAGCAAAGAAGAAUGGCUCCAGUGCAAACUUUGCACGAAAUGGGCUUACAAUUCUUGUGGAGUUCUGGGAAAGUUAAAUUUUUUCUGUUACAAAUGUUUUUAAAUUUUUAUACUGUAUUGUAAUCAGUUAAUUAUGAAAACCGUAUAAAAAUCGUCUAGUGUCCAUUUCAUGGAAACAACCG